GGCAGUUGUCAACAACAGUCUCGAGACAACCCCGACUGAAUUGAGAAUUACGCACGAGGAGAGACGGAUAUCUAAGGUCCAUCGUUGUUUUGUUCGCUGAAAACAACGUGCUGCAUUUAUUUCUAUAGUUCGGAAAUAUAGCUCUUUCACUAUGAAGUUUGUACGCUUUAUGAUGAGGAAUGCUGCUUUGUUAAAUGCGCCAAAGCACAUUGAUCACUACGCCAAAUUUUCUCCAUCGCCUUUGUCAAUGAAGCAGUUCUUGGAUUUCGGCUCAACAAAUGCAUGCGAGAAGACAUCCUUCUCCUUCCUGAGACAAGAGCUUCCUGUGAGACUGAGUAACAGUUUGAAGGAGAUCAACCUUUUACCAGACCGAAUGAUAAUGACCCCGUCUGUUCAACUAGUUCAUAGCUGGUUUGUCCAAAGCCUGUUGGAGAUCCUACAAUUCCAAGGCAUGAGCCCAGAUGACCCUAGUGUUCUUGAAGAAUUUGUAGAAGCUCUGGUGACCAUUAGGAACAGGCAUAAUGAUGUGGUACCCACCAUGGCUCAGGGUGUUAUCGAGUAUAGGGAUGCAUAUGGGGAGGACCAUGUCACAAGUCAGAAUAUUCAGUACUUUCUGGACCGCUUUUACAUGAGCCGCAUCUCCAUUCGGAUGCUAAUUAACCAGCACACUCUGAUCUUUGAUGGCACCACAAAGCCAGGACACCCGAGCAGCAUUGGGUGCAUUGACUCAUGCUGUGAUGUAACAGAAGUGAUCAGAGAUGCCUAUGAUUGUGCUAAAAUGCUCUGUGAGCAGUAUUACCUCGGAUCCCCUGAGUUGGAGCUUAAGGAGAUCAACGCAAAGAACAAGUCCCAACCAAUCCAAAUAUCCUAUGUUCCUUCUCAUCUCUACCACAUGGUUUUUGAGCUCUUCAAGAAUGCAAUGAGGGCAACUGUUGAAAAUCAUGAAACGAGAAGGACGCUGCCAUCAAUUAAAGUCAUCGUGGCCCUAGGCACAGAGGACCUUUCAAUCAAGAUUAGUGACCAGGGUGGUGGUGUUCCAUUCAGGAAGAUUGAUAGACUUUUCAGCUACAUGUAUUCGACAGCACCCAGACCAAAUCUUGGUGACCAUCAACGGACCCCAAUGGCUGGUUUUGGUUAUGGUCUUCCCAUCUCCCGUCUGUACGCACGCUACUUUCAAGGUGAUCUCCAGCUUUAUCCAAUGGAGGGCUAUGGAACAGACGCUGUAAUUCAGCUUAAAGCCCUGUCCACAGACUCAAUAGAGAAGCUUCCCGUCUUUAAUAAGACUGCCCUGCGCCACUACAAAGUCAACCAGGAAGCCGAUGACUGGUGUGUGCCUAGCAAGGAACCGCUGAACUUAGCUGUGUACAAGGCUGCAAAGUGAACCACCCGUCUUGUUUGCUGCAAAGAUUUGUCAGUGGCCUUUAAGAAAUUGCCAUUAUAGGCCACCAUAGUGAAUGCUUGCAUUCCUUGCUGGACUGGGGUCCAACUACAGGAUAUCCCAUGUAUUUUGGGAGUAUUGUUGUCUGGGAACAAUUAAUUUUGGCACUAAUGUGUGGCCUGAAUAAAAGAUGCCAAAGUGUAGGGUCCUUAGUUUAAAAGAAAGUAACUACUGUGGUUCUGCAGUGGAGCAUUUCAGGAAAGCUCAGGCUUGAAGAGCCUCUCGGGUGUGAGUGCAUGACAUGUUAUUAGAUGCAUGUGACCCCGCUUGAAGCAGAGUUAAAAGAUGGAGGUCUAGAAACUGUGAAAGAGCUAUGGAGUAGAGCUUUGUGGGUGUGCAUUUUGACGAGAAAGUAAAACAUUGAAGGUAGAAGAAAUGUGGUUGUGAAUCAGAUAUUUAGCCCUUAAAAGGGAGGUUGUGGCCAAAGACUUUACCUCUUUAAAAAGAGGCUGGCAAUUGCUUUCAAAUCACACUUGAAGCUAUUAUUUAAGCAGGGUUUAUAGCAUAUUCAGGACUUGAAUGUGACUUAUGCCUUAUUGUUUCAAUCCAUUAUAAAUGACCCCAAACGUUCCUAUAUUCACAAUGUUGUGUUCACAAUAUGUAUCGCCAUUGAAAGGACCUUUUGUGUGAGUUUAUUUUUUAUUUAUAACCCAAAUAAAUCUGACCAUUUUUUUA